CAGGGGUAGGAGGGGGAGGGCUGUUAGGAAGUUAUUUAAGAGCCAACUUUCCAGUGGAUUUUCCUGCGUCCUUUUGAGGAAGUACCCUCAGAGACGCACCGAGCGCGCCUAGGCGAGGGCAACUCCGAGGGGACGGCAGGAUCUUGGGAAGCAGAGAAUGUCGGAGCCAGCGGGGACUGCCUUUGGAGGCAGGAGAGCCGUUCCACCCAACACCUCCAAUGCCGCCGAGGAUGACCUUCCCACGGUGGAGCUGCAGAGCCUGGUGCCCCGGGGUGUCAGCUUGCAAGACUAUCUUAAUGUCACCAGUGUUCACCUGUUCAAGGAGAGAUGGGACUCCAACAAGGUGGAUCAUCACACUGACAAGUAUGACUGCAACAAUUUGAUUGUACGCAGGGGACAGACUUUCUAUAUCCAGCUGGACUUCAACCGUCCAUAUGACCCCAGAAAGGAUCUCUUCAGGGUGGAAUAUGUCAUUGGCCGCUACCCCCAGGAAAACAAGGGGACUUACAUUCCUGUUCCUGUCGUCUCAGAGCUACAGAGAGGAAAGUGGGGGGCCAAGGUCAUCAUGAGAGAGGACAGGUCUGUCCGUCUGUCCAUCCAGUCUUCCCCAGAGUGCAUUGUGGGGAAAUUCCGCAUGUAUGUUGCUGUCUGGACCCCCUACGGUAUAAUCCGCACCAGCCGGAACCCAGAAACGGAUACGUACAUUCUCUUCAAUCCUUGGUGUGAAGAUGACGCUGUGUAUCUCGAUGAUGAGAAAGAAAAAGAGGAGUAUGUCUUGAAUGACAUCGGGGUUAUUUUUUAUGGAGACGUCAGUGACAUGAAGACUAGAAGCUGGAGCUAUGGCCAGUUUGAGGAUGGCAUUCUCGAUGCGUGCCUGUUUGUGAUGGACAAAGCACAAAUGGACCUUUCUGGCCGAGGGAAUCCCAUCAAAGUCAGCCGUGUUGGGUCUGCGAUGAUGAAUGCCAAGGAUGAUGAAGGUGUCAUCGUUGGGUCCUGGGACAACGCCUAUGACUAUGGUGUGCCCCCAUCAGCCUGGACUGGAAGUGUUGACAUCCUCUUGGAAUACCAGAGUUCCAAGACUCCAGUCCGCUACGGCCAGUGCUGGGUUUUCGCUGGUGUCUUUAACACAUUUUUGCGAUGCCUGGGGAUACCAGCCAGGGUCAUUACCAAUUAUUUCUCAGCUCACGAUAACGAUGCCAAUUUGCAGAUGGAUGUCUUCCUGGAAGAAGACGGGAAGGUGAACUCCAAACUCACAAAGGAUUCAGUGUGGAACUACCACUGCUGGAAUGAGGCUUGGAUGACAAGGCCUGAUCUUCCUGUUGGAUUUGGAGGGUGGCAAGCUGUGGAUAGCACACCCCAGGAAAACAGCGAUGGGAUGUAUCGGUGUGGACCGGCAUCUGUUCAAGCCAUUAAACAUGGCCACGUCUGCUUCCAGUUUGAUGCACCCUUCGUUUUUGCAGAAGUCAACAGUGACCUUGUUUACAUCACGGCUAAGAAAGAUGGCACCCAUGUGGUUGAAGCAGUGGAUGCCACCCACAUUGGGAAAUUAAUUGUGACCAAGGAAAUUGGAGGAGAUGGCAUAAAGGAUAUUACCGAUACUUAUAAAUUCCAAGAAGGUCAGGAAGAAGAGAGACUGGCUCUAGAGACAGCCCUGAUGUAUGGAGCUAAAAAGCCCCUAAACACAGAGGGCAUCAUCAAAUCGAGGACCGAUGUUGACAUGGAUUUCAAAGUGGAAAAUACCGUGCUGGGACAAGACAUCAAAAUCAUCAUCACAUUCCAGAACAACAGCUCCAGCAGCCACACCAUCUUGGCCUACCUCUCAGGCAACAUCACCUUCUAUACCGGGGUGGCAAAGACAGAAUUCAAGAACCAGACAUUUGAUGUGAUGCUGGAACCCUUAUCCGUCAAGAGAGAGGAGGUGCUGAUCCGAUCUGGUGAGUACAUGGGUGAGCUGCUGGAACAGGCCUCCCUGCACUUCUUCGUCACGGCCCGUGUCAACGAGACCAAGCAGAUUCUGGCCAAGCAGAAGUCCAUCGUGCUGACAAUCCCCAAGGUCAUCAUCAAGGUCCAUGGCUCUCCCAUCGUUGGUUCUGACAUGGUUGUGACAGUUCGGUUCACCAAUCCUUUAAAAGAAACUCUGAAAAAUGUCUGGAUAUACCUGGAUGGUCCUGGAGUGACAAAACCAAAGAGAAAGAUGUUCCGUGAAAUCCAGCCCAAUGUCACCGUGCAGUGGGAAGAAAUAUGUCGGCCUUGGGUCCCAGGCCCACGGAAGCUGAUAGCCAGCAUGACCAGCAACUCCCUGAGACACGUGUAUGGUGAGCUGGACUUGAAGAUCCAGAGACGACCCUCUGCUUAAAUGUGCAGGAGAUGGAGAUGGACCCAGGCUCUCGGCUCUUUGUCUUCUUGUGCUUAGGAAAUUCUAAUGCAAAAAAAAAAAAAAAAAUAGUCAGCUCUUGCUUUAACUUAGAUGUGAAGGCCCUGACAGGACCAGAUAGGACCCUGGAGGAGGGAUGUCAUGUAUUUCAAAGGCAUAUCUUCCAAACCCAGGCUAUAUGGCAUGAGAAGUUAGCUUUUAAUUGCUCCAGCUUCCAAAGGAUUCUGAGCAUUAGCUUUAAUUAAGUUCUAAUUAAGCCCUCAUAGCUCAUCAGAGUAAAAGUCAUCAUUUAUCAUCGCAAAUGGCUGCAGCUCCAAAUAUCAGAGGAUUUCCCUUAGCAGGGGGAUUUGUUCACUACCUGGCCUCAUUUAAAACAAGUCUCUGAUUCCCUGCUCAGCCUUUUGGGAGUAACACACUCCUCAAAAGGGAGGGAUGCACGUGAUUUGGACCCCAGAACUCUAUUCUCCUUUCUUGGAUUCAGGCUCUACCCUCUGUCAGAAUAUUUUUUCCCCAGGAAUUGAGCACAAGAUCAUUUUUCUUCUUGGCAAAGCCAGGAAAAGGUCUUUCAUCUUGCACCUGCAGCAAGGCGACUGCCUGCCAAAUUUCACAGAUUUACCUUGUGAGAAGAUGUGGCCCCAUAUUAACAAAUUGCAUUUGUGGGAAAUUUAAUCACCUAAGAGGAGAUAAGAAAGCAGGUGCAAUACUCAGAUCUAUUAAAUAAUGUAAUUUUAUGGUGCAUUUUAUAGAUGUCACACUGUGGCUCGAUUAGCAGGAACCAAUAGCCCUUACUUUAACCCUUUCUAGGUUGCAGUACUAGAAAGUAACAAGGCCAAUUGGGGCAAGAGGAAUGAGGAAUUAAUCUCCUUAAUUUGUGAUUAUAUAUCAUCUGUCUCUCUGGUAUCAUCACCUUAACACAAUGACCCAGGCCCAGGUACUUUUGUAGGAUUAGAAUAGGCCCAACAAAUUGGAGAACCUGGCAGAUUUAGUGACCAGAUCUGUGGAAGGACAACCAGCCACUAAUGCUCUCUUGUCCUUCAGUUGCUCAUGGUGAGAGCUCAAGGGCUGAAAAGUAAUAUGGGCUCAGCCUUGCAAACAGCCCGUGCUAGUUCAGGCCCAGUGACAGAGAAUGGUGACAUCAUUUGUGUUAUGCUCCAAGACUCCAGGAGAAAAGGCCGUCUGGUAUUUAUUUGAAAGGGUGAUUUAUGGUCAGAAUUUCCUAUUGAUAUGCCCAGGGUAUGAUUUAGGUCAGGAGAUUGUUAUCCUUAGCAAAAAUAAAAUAAAAUAAAAUAAAAUGGGUAGCAGGAAGAAAGGUGCAUGAAAAGCAAAAAUGGAAUAUUCUGGCCCACAUAACCUCAUUUCUAGUCUUCUGAGACUGUUUCUUCAUUGCCAGGAAUCCAUAAGGGAUAGCUGGUUCCAUCUAUAUCUACAGCAUACCUAACUCCGUUUGGUAAUCUCAUAGCAUGUGCCAAGCCUUCUAUACCCAAUUUAAAAAUGAAAUGCAUUUUGCCAGACUGUUAAACUGGCUUGACCUCGUAUAGUCCUAUUAACUAGAAUGUAAUAAAAGCUUAAAAUAAAAUUAAUCUGAUUAUGUUUA